GAAGGCAUAUUUGCCAUCUCACGCUCCUCCUUUCUCCUUACACUUUACAUACAUAUGGGCAGCAAGACAGCGCAGUCUGGGGGUUAUUGUCAGGCCUCAGAGGUAUGAGGAUGACUGAGCGCAAGCGCCCAUCCAAUCCACAGAAUUGAAGGGAAGUGAGAAAGGAGAUAAAUGCUCACCAGACUCCAUUAAAUAGUGUUUUUAAGCUCCAAAGAACAUUAAAGAGUCUUUGUAGCUGCUUAUAAGGUUGUAAGCUUAUGGAAGUUAGGAAGGAAAAAGAUGGGGUCCUUUUCUUUUUGUUGGUCUUCUUGUGGUCUUCGGUGUCUGCAGUUGCUCUUCUCUCCCCUAAAGGAAUCAACUUUGAAGUUCAAGCUUUGAUGGGCAUAAAGGCUUCUUUGAAAGAUCCUCAUGGUGUUCUUCAAAAUUGGGAUAAGGAUUCAGUUGAUCCAUGUAGCUGGACAAUGGUCACUUGUUCAUCUGAGAAUCUUGUCAUUGGCCUUGGAACUCCAAGUCAGAAUCUUUCUGGUUCACUCUCUUCAAGCAUAGGGAACUUGACUAAUCUAGAGAUAGUGCUGUUGCAGAACAAUGAGAUCUCUGGAUUCAUUCCUGAGGAGAUUGGGAAGCUGGCAAAGCUUCGCACCUUGGAUCUCUCCUGCAAUAAGCUUUCUGGUGAAAUCCCAGCAUCACUAGGAGAGCUAACAAGACUUCAAUACCUGAGGCUUAACAACAACAGUCUUUAUGGGCCAUUUCCUCGGAAUUUAGUUAACAUCACAGAGCUGUCCUUCCUAGACUUGUCAUAUAACAAUUUGAGUGGGCCAAUACCAAAGUUCCCUGCAAGGACAUUCAACAUUGUGGGGAAUCCUCUGAUCUGUGCAGCUGGUUCAGAGAAAGAAUGCUACGGAACCAUUUCCACUCCAACUUUCUUUAACCUCAAUAAUUCACAAAUUUCUUCAACACCAGGAAGGUCUAAAAGUCACAAAGUUGUUCUUGUAUGUGGGCUUAGCAUUGGUUUAAUAUCUUUGAUUAUUCUAGCAUCAGGACUUUUUCUAUGGUGGAGGAAUAAAUGCCAACAACAAAUAUUCUUUGAUGUGAAUGAUCAAAGAACCGAGCGAAAGGAAGAGGUCUGCCUUGGAAAUUUGAAAAUGUUUCAAUUUAGAGAGCUUCAGAUUGCUACAAAUAACUUUAGCAGCAAGAACAUAUUAGGAAAAGGUGGCUUUGGAAAUGUCUAUAGAGGUCAGCUCCAAGAUGGAACUGUGGUUGCUGUGAAGAGGUUAAAAGAUAGAAAUGCUACAGGUGGAGAGCUUCAGUUUCAGACUGAGGUUGAGAUGAUAAGCUUAGCAGUUCAUAGGAAUCUAUUAAGGUUGUAUGGUUUUUGCAUGACUUCCACUGAAAGGCUUCUGGUUUACCCCUACAUGUCCAAUGGAAGUGUAGCUUCAAGACUGAAAGCAAAACCAGCACUGAACUGGGGCACAAGGAAGAGAAUAGCACUAGGAGCUGGAAGAGGCCUCUUAUAUCUACAUGAGCAGUGUGAUCCCAAGAUAAUUCACAGGGAUGUAAAGGCUGCAAACAUAUUACUUGAUGAGUACUGCGAGGCCGUGGUUGGAGACUUCGGCCUCGCUAAGCUUUUGGAUCACCAGGACUCCCAUGUGACCACGGCGGUGCGAGGCACCGUCGGUCACAUUGCUCCUGAGUACCUCUCCACUGGCCAGUCUUCUGAGAAGACUGAUGUGUUUGGCUUUGGUAUCCUCCUUCUUGAAUUGAUUACUGGUCUGAGAGCUCUUGAAUUCGGCAAGGCGGCAAACCAGAAAGGAGCCAUGCUUGAUUGGGUUAAAAAGCUCAAUCAAGAGAAGACUCUUGAGCUGCUCAUAGACAAGGAUUUGAAGAACAACUACGAUCGAAUCGAGCUCGAAGAGAUGGUUAAAGUGGCAUUACUAUGCACACAGUUCCUUCCCGGUCACCGUCCGAAAAUGUCAGAGGUGGUGAGGAUGCUGGAGGGUGAUGGUCUUGCAGAGCGAUGGGAGGCAUCUCAGAGAUCGGAUCCUAACCGGUUCAAGAUGCCGGAAUUGUCCUCUUCUGAGAGAUUUUCCGACCUCACCGACGACUCUUCAUUGCUGGUUCAAGCCAUGGAGCUCUCAGGACCAAGAUGAUGAAAACCCAUAUGAAUUGAAAGAAGUCAUAAAAACAACUUAAUCAUGACUACUGUGGAAUUAAGAGCCUGUCAUCAAAUGAAAUAUGUUGUGUUGAUUGAUGAAAGGAUUGGCUAAAGAAACAUACCAUCUUUUCAAACUUUGGAUUGUUAUCCAAAAAGAAUAUAUAUAAAUGCAUAUUGAAUUUCCAUCACAUUUGAUUCAAUUCUCCUUUUUCAAAAAGUUGAUGGCUAAGCUACCCACUUGAUUGGAGCCGUUCUACUGAAAAACCAAUUGGAGACCAGCUCGGCCCUUUCAACUUGUCAAGUUUUUGAUAAUUUUAGAUGAAGUGUGAAGUGUAGUUUUAUAACGCUUUACAUCUGUAUAGUUGAUGUGUAAUUAUUUUCUUGUAAGAGAAAUAUUUCAUGUGACAGUUUGAAUGUUUAUGUUUUAUGUUGGAAUGUGUAAUUGCUCUUUUGGUUGAAAA